GCAGCGCGGCCCCAUUCAUCGCGCACGGCAUGGCCGGGGGCGGCGGCUCGGAGCGGGCCCGGGCCGGGGGGCUCCUGCCGCCCGCCUGCCGCCAGCCCCGCCGCAGGGAGAGCCGGGAGCGGCUGUCGGUGUGCAGCAAGCUGUGUUACGCCGUCGGGGGGGCUCCUUACCAGAUCACGGGCUGCGCGCUCGGCUUCUUCCUCCAGAUCUACCUCCUGGAUGUGGCGCAGCUGGAUCCUUUCUAUGCCUCCAUCAUCCUGUUUGUGGGGCGAGCCUGGGAUGCCAUCACAGACCCCAUGGUGGGCUUCUUCAUCAGCAAAACAUCAUGGACCCGCUUCGGCCGCCUGAUGCCCUGGAUCAUCUUCUCCACCCCGUUUGCUGUCAUCUCCUACUUCCUCAUCUGGUUUGUGCCGGACAUCUCCAGCGGCCAAGUGAUGUGGUACCUUGUCUUCUACUGCAUCUUCCAGACCCUUGUGACGUGCUUCCACGUGCCCUACUCAGCGCUGACCAUGUUCAUCAGCAGGGAGCAGAGCGAGCGGGACUCAGCCACUGCCUACCGUAUGACAGUGGAAGUGUUGGGCACUGUGCUGGGCACUGCAAUCCAGGGCCAGAUCGUGGGCAAGGUGGUUACUCCCUGCAUUGAGAACCCCCUCUUCAUCGGCAAGACCAACUCCUCGGUGGCCAUGGAGGAGCUAAACAUGACCCACGACACCGGGUCGCUCACAGACACGAGAAAUGCCUACAUGAUUGCUGCGGGGGUCAUCGGGGGACUCUACAUCCUCUGUGCCGUGAUCCUGUCGGUGGGCGUGCGGGAGAAGAGAGAGUCCUCCGAGCUCCAGUCGGACGAGCCGGUCUCCUUCUUCCGGGGGCUGAAGCUGGUGAUGAACCAUGGUGCCUACAUCAAGCUCAUCGCCGGCUUCCUCUUCACCUCACUGGCCUUCAUGCUGCUGGAGGGUAACUUUGCCCUCUUCUGCACCUACACCUUGGGUUUCCGCAAUGAGUUCCAGAACAUCCUCCUGGCCAUCAUGCUCUCAGCCACCUUGACUAUUCCCCUCUGGCAGUGGUUCCUUACCCGCUUUGGGAAGAAGACUGCUGUCUACGUGGGCAUCUCGUCUGCCAUCCCCUUCCUCAUCAUGGUGGCUGUCCUGGACAGUAACCUCAUCGUCACCUACAUCGUGGCUGUUGCAGCUGGGAUCAGCGUUGCAGCCGCUUUCCUCCUGCCCUGGUCCAUGCUCCCAGAUGUCAUAGAUGACUUCAAGCUGCAGCACCCUGACUCCCAUGGCCAUGAAGCCAUCUUCUUCUCCUUCUAUGUCUUCUUCACCAAGUUUACCUCUGGGGUUUCCCUGGGCAUCUCCACACUCAGCUUAGACUUUGCAGGGUACCAGACCCGGGGCUGUUCCCAGCCCAGCGAGGUGAACUUCACCCUGAAGAUGCUGGUGUCGGCCGUGCCUGUGGGGCUGAUCCUGCUGGGCCUGCUCCUGUUCAAGCUGUACCCCAUCGAUGAGGAGAAGCGGAGGAAAAACAAGAAAGCCCUGCAGGACUUACGGGAGGAGAGCAACAGCAGCUCGGAGUCAGACAACACAGAACUGGCCAGCAUCGUGUGACCCUGGGCUGGGUCCAUCCGCUCACACUGGGGCUCUCCGAAGGACUCAGCCCCUCCAGGGCCGGACCAGCCCCUUGCUGCUGUAGGUGCGCGCCGUCAAAGAGCGCCUGGGAGAAGCCGUGCAGAGCAUCCACCGACUCAAAACACGAGAUCUGUGCCGGUCUUGUGCCUUCCACGGGAUCCACAGAGCGCUGGUAGUGUACGUUACACGAAUUGACCUUGUGGUACUUGUGUGCCUCACGAGAAACAAGCACUAUUCCUUGCCGGGUCCCGGAGAGCAGAAAAGCCUGAAGCGGGAUCCUUUUGCUCGUCACACUCGUGCCUGCUGCCUGUCUGUGCCCGGCCCGUGCUGGCCGACGGCCCGUGGGACCCGCGGUGGUGGUAGUGUACAUUACACUGUCAAUGUGACCGCGCCAAGGACGUGAGCUCACCUCUGCUGUCUGUACAUACGACACUAAUUUGGACAGCUGUUCUUUUUUUUUUAUAGAGCCUAAUUAACUUAAUGAUGUAAAUAUGAAACUAUUUCCUAUUUGUAUAUAUCUGGACAGAAACUGAACUUGAGGACCUAUUAAUAUUAAUUUACAUAAAAGUGGGCAAAGUCAGCA